CGCUUCGCCCGGGCAGCAGCCGCCGCCUCCCUCCGCGCGGCUCCGCCCGCCUGGGCACCCGCGCUCCGGCAGCAGGGGGGCGGCUGGUCGCUCUGCCAUGCGGGGCCGCGUUCGCCUCCUCCCCGCCAGUCCCGCGGCAGGCGCCCGCGGUGCAGCCCGGUCCCCCGCCGGCUCUGCCCUGCGCCCGCAGCCCGGGGCGCCUUAGCCCGCAGCCCGGCCUCUCCGGCAGCUGCCAUGCGGGGCGCGGCGUGCGCGGGGCCCGAGCGGGGCAGCUAGAGGCGGGUCACCUUGCGGACCAGGAAAAUGGGAGCCAUUACUCCAGUUUGACCAGUGUUUCCGAGUGACCAGCUAAGAUCCCUGUGGGAGGAAGGCGAAGAACAACAUGGAUGGGCUCCUAGAACAGACCAGUGUGUUAAUGCACAGUAAAAUCGCUGAAGCUGGGAAAAAGAAUGGCUUAAUUAACACCAGGAACUUACUGGCGGAGAACAGAGAUGGCCUGGUCUCCGUGUACCCAGCCCCACAGUACCAGAGCCACAUCGUGGGGAACCUCGCUGCUCAAAGCAGGAGCGACCCGGUGCAGCAGCUGCUGGACCCCAAUACGCUCCAACAGACCGUGGGGUCCCACUACCGCCCCAACAUCAUCCUCUACUCGGAGAACGUGCUGCGCUCCUGGGGGGAGAGUGUGAGCGCUGAGUGCUGUGAGACCACCUUCAUCGAGGACCGCUCCCCCACUAAGGACAGCCUGGAGUACCCCGACAGCAAGUUCAUCGACCUCUCUGCUGACGACAUCAAAAUCCACACCCUCUCCUAUGACGUGGAGGAAGACGAGGAUUUCCAGGAGCUGGAGAGCGACUACUCGAGUGACACAGAGAGUGAAGACAAUUUCCUCAUGAUGCCCCCAAGGGAUCAUCUCGGCCUCAGCGUAUUCUCCAUGCUCUGCUGCUUUUGGCCACUGGGAAUUGCUGCCUUUUAUUUGUCACACGAGACGAACAAAGCAGUGGCCAAGGGAGACUUCCACCAAGCAAGCUCUAGCUCCCGGCGAGCACUCUUCUUGGCCGUGCUGUCAAUCACGAUUGGAACUGGCAUCUAUGUGGGGGUUGCCGUGGCUCUGAUCGCCUACCUGUCCAAGAACAACCACUUGUGAGGCUCAGGAGAGAGGAAGAACCACCUGUGCAGCUCUCUGCAGUGCAGAAAACCACAGCAGCUCGGACUGCGAUUUUCCAAGGCACCUAUGAGACACACGUGCUGGUGUUGGAUACUGGAAAGACAGGAAAGUGGGUUGAUGGUUUAUGAUGCACACGUCCUGCAUCUUUUCAUCCUCCAACUCUUCUUUGUUUUACGCAAUACUGUGUUUACAAGAAUCUAGCUCCUACCGGUGAUCUAGAACUUUGCCCCCGCCGCUGGUUUGCCCCGGCUUGCUAGUCAAUACGUUAGUCCGCACUGCACUGAACUCUGUGGGAGCACACGCCGCUACUGGUUCUUCAAGGAGCGAUUCCUGAAACGGAAAGUUUUUCUUUGGACACUAGGACGCGUUUGCUGAAGGGUGAGCUUGAGGCCUCAGUAUAGAACAGUGUGGCCUAAUCUUCUUGCAUUCAGUAGGCUGCCGUAAGAGGAAAAAAGAGAAAAUGAUUUUCCUUUCCUGCUCUUGGUUCAUUUUAAAAAGAAACUAAUGGGGCAGGGCUGUGCAUAGCGACAGCUAAGCACGAACACGCUCAGUGCAUGGCACAUGACGUUAGUCUAGUAUGGGAUCUAUUGUCAAAUUAAUCCUUCUCGGCAGUCAUGCUGCGCGAGUGAUGCCCCUGAGCCACGUAACGCAGUCAGGCAGCCUCCACCUCCCUGGGGGGACCAUGCAGCACCUAAAUACAAGCAACCCUCGGCAAUAUGUCCUGGGCAAGCAGGGGACUAACACAGGGAAGGACCACUUCGUAGGCCCACCCCCGAGCAGACUCGGACCCAGAACAGCAAAGGAAGACCCUCAAAUUCCAACAUCAUGGCACCGCAGCGGAUUCUUAGACAUCACGCCCAGCCGCCACAUGGCGAGAGAACGUGUGCCAUUUUCUCACUGUGCUGCCCCCGAUAGACACCUGAACUGGUCCACCGUAAAGGAACUAAGCGUUGUCCUCAUUUCACUGACCGCAAUAAUAGGCUUCUUUGCUUUCUGCCACCCCCCUCCACCUUUCUUUUUCAAAUCUAGCAUUUCUUUCAAGAGAGUUGGUUGAUCGGAGAGCUAUAUGUAUAUAAUAAUGGUGAAACAUUGAUCAUUGCAAAUGGC